GAGCUCCCACAUGUCCAACCAAAAUAAAUACCUAAAUCCCCACCCAUAAAAGAUGAUUGAAUCCCAUUUCACUUCCAAAAUGGAUACACUAAAUCUCAUAUAUCUCCCACUCAUAUAUGCCCUCUACAUCCUCACAAAACACUUCCUCCACAAGCUCCAAAACCUCCCCCCCACCCCCCUCCUCUCCCUCCCCCUCCUCGGCCACCUCCCCCUCCUCAAAAAGCCCCUCUACCGCUCCCUCGCCCGCAUCUCCGCCCGCCACGGCCCCGUCGUCCUCCUCCACUUCGGCUCCCGCCCCGUCCUUGUCGUCUCCUCCCCCUCCGCCGCCGAGGACUGCCUCUCCAAAAACGACGUCGUCUUCGCCAACCGCCCCCGCCUCCUCGCCGGCAAGCACAUCGGCUACAACUACACCUCCCUCGCCUGGACCUCCUACGGCGACCACUGGCGCAACCUCCGCAAGGUCGCCUCCAUCGAGGUCCUCUCCGCCCACCGCCUGCACCUCCUGCACGGCAUCCGGGCGGACGAGGUGCGGGCCGUGGCUCGGGCCAUGGCCCGAGCCUCGGCCCAGGGGAGCCCCGUUGACAUGAAGGCGGCGUUCACGGAGCUGACGAUGAACGUGAUGAUGCGGAUGAUCGCCGGGAAGAGGUACUACGGGGAGAAGGUGGAGGAGGCGGAGGAGGCGCGGCGGUUUAAGGAGAUCGUGGCGGAGUCGCUGCGGCUGGCGGCGUCGAGCGUGGGGGAUUUCGUGCCGGUGGUGAGGUGGCUUGGGGUGGGAGGGGUGGAGAAGGCGAUGGUGGAGCUGCAGAGGAAGAGGAAUGUGUUCAUGCAGGAGCUGGUGGAGGAGCGGAAGAGGAAGUUUAAGAACUACGGCGGCGGAGAUGGGGAGGAAGGGAGGAUGAAGACGAUGAUUGAAAUGUUGUUGGCGUUGCAGGAGAAGGAGCCUGAGUAUUAUACAGAUGCCAUUAUUAGGAGCUUAAUGCUGGUGAUGCUAAUCGCCGGCACCGACACUUCCGCCGGAACGAUGGAAUGGGCACUCUCUCUCCUCCUCAACCACCCCGACGCCCUCCGCAAGGCCCGGGCCGAGAUCGACGACCGGGUCGGCCACGAUCGCCUCUUUGACGAGGCGGACAUCGCCAACCUCCCGUACCUCCGGUGCAUCAUCAACGAGACGCUGCGGAUGUUCCCAGCCGGGCCGCUGCUGAUCCCCCACGAGUCCUCCGACGAGUGCGUCGUCGGAGGCUACCGCAUCCCCGCCGGCACGAUGCUGCUGGUGAACGCGUGGGCCAUGCACAACGACCCCAAGAACUGGGACCGGCCGCGCGAGUUCAGGCCGGAGCGGUUCGAGAAGCUCGAUGGCUACCGAGACGGCUUCAGGCUGAUGCCGUUUGGCGCCGGAAGGCGCGGCUGCCCCGGUGAGCCCCUCGCCGUGCGCAUGGUGGGGCUCGGGCUGGGGACGCUGAUUCAGUGCUUUGAUUGGGAGAGGCCCGGCAAGGAGCUCGUUGAUAUGAGCGAGGGGGCUGGGUUGUCGAUGCCAAGGGUGACGCCGUUGAUGGCAUAUUGCAGAGCCCGGCCUAUAGCGGCCGGGCUUCUGGCUAGUAUAUGAAUGUGGAAGGACAAAACGUCGAAAGUUUGAAGCAUCUAUAAGUAUGUGUGAGUUGUAAUAUUAUUCUGAUAUGCAUAUAAACAUAAAUUUUAUAGUGCGCGUCA